CUUUGAAGUCCCUUCUCUCGGCAGGCCGCUGCCCGUCUGCGUGGGAUGAGCUGCCUGCCGCCCUGCGCCGUGCUUACGCUCAUGGGACUGCUCUUUGCCAGAACGAUGGCCUGGACUUCAAGCGGAAAGACGCACCCCGAGCUAGUCAGCAACCUCUACAAAAAAGGGAUAAUUAAAUCCCAGCGAGUCUUCGAUGUGCUGUUGGCUACUGACAGAGGCCACUACAUCAAAUAUUUCCCAUACAUGGAUUCUCCUCAAUCUAUCGGAUACAAGGCUACAAUCAGUGCACCGCAUAUGCAUGCCCAUGCGCUGGAAUUGCUGAAGGAUCAGCUUGUGGAAGGGGCAAAAGCGCUGGAUGUUGGAUCUGGAAGUGGGUAUCUUACAGCUUGCUUUGCCAGGAUGACGGGCCCAACAGGGAAAGCUGUGGGCGUAGAGCACAUUAAAGAGCUGGUACAUGAAUCCAUCAGAAACGUCCAGGAAGAUGAUCCAACUUUGCUCAGCUCUGGCCGUGUAAAGCUUGUGGUUGGAGACGGCAGGCAGGGAUACCCCGAAGAGGCUCCUUAUGAUGCCAUUCAUGUUGGAGCGGCAGCAGCAACUGUACCGAAGGAGUUGCUGAACGAAUUGAAGCCAGGAGGUCGGUUAAUACUGCCUGUUGGUCCCGAAGGCGCAAACCAAGUUCUGAUGCAGUACGACAAAACCAGCGACGGGCAGAUCAUCGAAACGCAACUGAUGGGCGUGAUCUACGUUCCUCUGACAGAUAAGGAAAAGCAGUGGCCUCGGGAUGAAUUCUGACAGAUGGAUGGAUAUCUCUAAAGUGAUCUCAGAAAGCUCAUGAAUGGGACUUAUGACUGUAGAGGGUCUGUAUGGUUUUGCUUUUUGAACGGAAGCUUUAUCAGUUGACGUGCUUGCGAAGGCAAGUUCUGCUUUAGCAGAGCUCGUUACGGAGGGAUGGAGAAAAGGGCGUUUCUCCAGGAGCAGGGGGAGGCUCUCGGAGGCCAUGUCUGGUUCCAGACCGUGGGUGGAUCCAGGUUAACUCUGGCUAUCCGCUCUGAUAAGUGAUAGGUAACAUCUCUUCACAGCGAAUUCCAAAAGCAGACAGGAAUACUUAAACCUUCACUAAAAGUACUCUUUAAUAGUGACUACUCUGCCUAAUGCUUGAAGAAAAUAAGACGCAAUUACUGUUUCAGAGCAGCGACCUACCCUGAUUUGUCAAAGUUUAAUUACAGGAGCAUGUUCUC